UUUGCCAAGAUAAUCCAUCCACCUGACAGGUGUGGCAUAUCAAUAAGCUGAUUAAACAAAUGUAUUUCAUUUUACUGAUUCCCUCCUAUGAAACUCAGUAAAAUCAAAUAAAUAGUUGCGUUUAUAUUUUUGUUCAGUAUAGUGUAUAUAUUAUAUGGCUACUUUCUCAUAGCAAGCUAUAUCUGUGCGCCUACUAAGUUAGCUACGUAACGUUAGCUUUCACAUUCCCUGACCAACUGCAGUCGAGUGUGCGUGGCUGCUCUCCAUGGAUCUUGCCAGUAUUAAAUAAAGGUGUCAGCUGUGUGCGCUUGGCUUUAUGAAGUUUAUCAUUUCGACAUAGUUAGGUUUACCAAAAGAGUACGUUUCAGGCAGAUACUGAGUUACUCACAAGCAAUGUAAUGAGAGACUACAAUAAGAAAAAAGCUAUGGCAGGACCCAGGCCAGUGGUGCUGAGUGGCCCGUCAGGGGCUGGGAAGAGCACGCUGCUCAAGAACCUGCUCAAGGAGUACGAGGGCAUCUUUGGCUUCAGCGUCUCGCAUACAACAAGGAGCCCUCGUCCUGGUGAAGAGAAUGGUAAAGAUUACCAUUAUGUUACAAGGGAGUAUAUGCAGGCCAGCAUCGACAAAGGGGAGUUCAUUGAGAGCGCAGUGUUUUCGGGGAACAUGUACGGGACGAGCAAGGCCUCCGUGCAGGCCGUCAAGGACAAGAACCUGAUCUGCAUCCUGGACAUCGACAUGCAGGGCGUGAGGGCGGUCAAGACGACAGACCUCAACCCCAUCUAUGUCUCGAUCCAGCCUCCGUCCAUGAAUAUCCUGGAGAAACGUUUAAGGGACAGAAAGACUGAGUCAGAGGAGAGCCUCCAGAAACGUUUAGAUGCUGCUCAGGUGGACAUGGAGAUAAGCAAGGAACCUGGCAUAUUUGACGUUGUCAUUGUCAAUGAUAAUCUUGAAAAUGCCUAUGGGAAGUUGAAAGACGCCCUUAUUGAGGAAAUCAAAAAAGUCCAGAAAACCAACUUGUCGUCUUAAGCGAGAAGAAACCUGACAGCCAUCCUGGCCACUCCUUACAAAAUGGCAGCCCCCUAUUCCAAUCCUGAACAUUCCGUCAGAUACUGGUGUGGGAAGGAACUCCAGACAACAUGCCUCACCCUGAACCACAGAUGGUAGCCUUUUGAGUGUGCAGGAAUAUCUAGCCUAUGUUUUUACAUAUUUGGAAGAUAUAGGCAGGUAUUAAGAUGAUAAAAUACUGUAAAUAGAGAUAGUUCACUUCUAUUUUGCUGUUUUUAUUUCUUUGGCUGGUGGUCAGUUUCAAAGUUGUUGUAUUUUGAUCCACAAAGAAAAAUACUCCAUUAAUGGUUAACCUGGGACUGAGAUGGUCCCUAAUAUGUUUUGCUUGUUUUAUUUUACUAUGAAGGAGUACUGCACACAGGAGAUUCUGUCGCCAAUUCAUUCUUCUGUCCAUCUACCAGUAUGAUAGCCCCAAAGCAUUCUAUUUGUAUUCACUCUGACCAUAAUAACAAGACCCAUUCCAUCUACUGGAUAAACAAGUUUGCUCAGCAAGAGUGGACACUUGUAUGGUAUGUUCGCAAAUGUCAUGGCUUGCUGCAAAGACUAGCCCUGUCAGUACUACUUUAGAACAUUUCUGUUCUGUUCCUGUCUAGCAGAACUGACCUAAAAAUGUGGUUGUACGGAAAUGCAUUGGUUGUCAUAUUAGCCACAGCAUGGUUCAACAGAUAUAGCCGGAAAUGUAAAAGAGUAGAAAUAUUUUUUUAUGUUGCCUUUUCAUUCUUUUUGAAAGAGGGAUUUCUGACUCACAAUAGUGCGUCAACAUAGAGCAGCUAACAACCAAUGCCAGGGGCCUGGGCACUAGCUAACUCUGGCUCUUAUGUAGUCAUACAGGGAAGCACCAUCCAUUCAUAUUACAGCCGAUCUCAGGAACUUACUGUAGCCUAGCUGCUGUUUGCUAGGGGUCCUAGUCAACUUGUGUGUGAAGCGAUCUAUGUUGGAAGUUUCCCUGUAGGUUUUACCAUACUAUUGAAAUGAUGAUAGAAUGACUUAAUUCACCAAUAAAAUCAAAGAUUGCCAUUUAGGAUUUACAAUCAUGUUAAUCACUCUAUAACAGCUAUACAGUUUAGCUGAACUUCCUGAAACCACGACUUACCCCUAAUAGAUGUUUUGUUGUUCACUGUUGUUGUACAGGCGUGAAACUUUUACAUUGUAUAUGUUUUGUGUUUUUUAUCAUUAUUUUACUAAUCUUACCUGUAGUAUAAUGAUAUGCAGGGGGCCUUUUUUGGACAGAAAAUGAUUGAAUGAGAAUAAAAGAUCAAUGGAAUAUUAAAUAAAUGGAGCAAAUAGUGUCAGUCCUCAAAGGAAAAUAAAGAAAAGCUUAAAACACGGAGCAUCAGCUUUACUUGAAACUGUCUACAUUGAAUUCCACAAAACCUGUCUUUUGUUCUAAGUCAAGGCAUCCUUUUAAAAAGGCUACAUUGUCCCAGCAGCUUUUGAUGUCUUUUAAGUUUGUAGUUUGACAUGCCUUGUUUUACAAGGCAACUUCCAUUCACAACCCAAAUUCAGUGCAUUGGUAACUAUUAUUUGACAUAGGCUACUGUGGCCCAUGACUAUGCUCCACUGCUUAUUGUCCUUUGUAUUUGAUUUCCCUUUGAACAUGAAAUUCAUUCCUUUGCACAAAUUACUUAUUGAAACAUAUUUUUAUGUAACUUUUUCACAAACCAACUUUUCAAUGAUUUAGGGCUCUAUUCAAUCUGUAAAGCUGAAGCGUUACAGAUUCCGUGAUGGAAAUGUAAGAUCAUUUCCGAUUGAGCCGACAUAUGCAGUAUUUACCGUAAAUGCAGUUUCCACUAAAACGAAACAUUGCCUUUAAAUUUAAAUCAUGCUAUAAAGCUGAACUUCCCAGAUGCAGAUUGAAUAGAACCGUUAAUGGUGCAAGCGUCAUAGCCCUGCUUUGCAUGUAUUGUUUUCAUUGGCCAGAUAUUGACAGUUCACCCAGCCUUCAACAAGUCCUUGUUUUACAAAUAUGCAUGUCUAGUAACAUUUUAUGUAUGUGUUUUACAACAGUAGUAAAGUCAAAUAAUGAAACUA